CAUGACUGCAACAGCCGCGGGACCUCAGGAUCGGUUGACUUAGCCGCAGUGCCAGCCUGGUGCUUUCUAAGUCGGUCCUGGAAGCACCAUGGAGCGGGGCACGGAGCAAGAAGCUGGGCCGUCAGAUCCCAUCCCGCCCAGCUUGGGAUCGCGGUUUCCGGGCGGCUUCAGCUCUGCUGAAGCCUUGACGGCGCUGGGCGCUAUCGGACGGCGAAUGCUGUGGCUGCUGCCCGUGUAUCUGGCCGGCCGGGCGGGGCUCAGCGUGGGCUUCGUGGUGGCUGGCGUGGCCCUUUACAUGGGCUGGCGGAGCCGGCGGCUGAGCAAGGAGCGGUCGUUGCAGACGGCUGGACAGAUCCUGGGCGAUGAAGAGGUGACGGUGAGGAGCGCCGUGGAUCUGGGCCGAAGCCUGGGUCAGAACGAGCUGCCCGCCUGGGUCAGUUUUCCAGAUGUUGAGAAAGCUGAAUGGCUCAAUAAGAUUCUGGCCCAGGCUUGGCCCUUCUUUGGCCAAUACAUGGAGAAGCUUUUGGUAGAAAAUAUUGCCCCAAAUAUACGGACUUCUAACACCCAUUUGCAGACCUUCACCUUCACCAAGAUUGACAUGGGAGAAAAGCCCCUCAAAGUCAUUGGAGUCAAAGUCCACACAGGCACGAACAAGAAGCAAAUCUUGCUGGACUUGAACAUUAGCUACGUGGGUGAUGUCCAGAUUGACGUGGAAGUGAAGAAAUUUUUCUGCAAGGCUGGAGUGAAAGGCAUGCAGUUACAUGGCAUGUUGAGAGUCAUUCUGGAACCCCUCAUCGGAGACGUCCCAAUCGUCGGAGCUCUUACCCUGUUUUUCAUUCGUCGGCCAACUUUGGACAUUAAUUGGACAGGAAUGACCAAUCUAUUGGAUAUCCCUGGACUGAGCUCACUGUCUGACACAAUGAUCAUGGAUUCCAUUGCCUCUUUCUUGGUUCUCCCCAACCGCUUGCUCAUCCCACUCAUCCCUGAUCUCCAUGAAGCAGCUGAACUCCGUUGCCCAAUUCCCAGGGGCAUUGUCCGUGUGUAUCUAAUGGAGGCUAAGAACGUGCAGUCCAAGGAUAAGUAUAUUAAAGGGAUGAUUGAGGGCAAGUCAGAUCCAUAUGCCAUUGUGCGUGUUGGAACCCAGGUCUUCACCAGCAAAGUCAUUGAUGAGGACCUCAAUCCCAAGUGGAAUGAAAUGUAUGAGUUUGUUGUGCACGAGGUACCAGGGCAGGAACUGGAGGUGGAGCUGUUUGACAAAGAUCCCGAUCAGGAUGACUUCUUGGGCAGGAUGAAGCUGGACUUUGGGGAGGUGUUCAGAGCUCGUGUGUUAGAGGAGUGGUUCCCGUUACAAGAUGGGGGCCAGGCGCGUGUGCAUUUACGGAUGGAAUGGCAUACACCCAUGUCAGAUGUUUCCAUGUUGGAUCAGGUUCUUCAGUGGAACAAAACUAUCUCCACAAAGCCAGAUCCUCCGUCAGCAGCCAUCUUGGUGAUAUAUUUAGACAGAGCACAAGACUUACCACUGAAGAAAUCUAGUAAGGAGCCUAAUCCUAUGGUCCAGCUAUCAGUUCAGGAUGUCACUCGGGAGAGCCGG